UAGAAAUGAAAAAUUUUUAACUGGAUCUGCCCUUUAUCGUAUUAACGAUGAUAGUGACGAAUUUAGAGAAUUCACCUAUAAAGGCUUCACCGGAAGCAGUGAUUCGUUAAUAAUUAAGUUCGAAAAAAACUCUAUCAUUCUCCUUAUUGGUAGAUACAUUUAUCAAGAAAAUACUGAAUUUGUCAGACUUAUUCAGACAAUACCAAUUUCCUCUUCUUCCGAUUCUUCAUGUUCCCCAGAAGACCUCCUUUAUUCAUUCUCUCUGUUAAUAUACACCACUCCUGCUGUAACAAACUCCUAUAAAUUUAACGAUAACAUAGGAAGACAAAGCUUUAUGUUAUCUAAAAAGCUGUAUAAUCUGGUAAAUGGUCAAAAAGGUCUAGAAUCAAAUAUAAUUGUAUUCUAUACCAAUGCAAAUGGCCGCUACGAUUCGCUUAAAGAAAGCCUAAAGAAAAGUGUCAUUUCAGCUAGCUAUGCCAUGGUGGAUGCAAAGUCCUCACUCUAUUCAUCUAAUACAAAAGCCAAAUCAAGCGAAGAAUUUAAUAAUCAACUUGACAUAAUUGAGGAGCAAUAUGUAACAAUGAAUUUUCAACCUUCUAAUAAAAGAAAAAGAGGUGGAUUCUUCCCCUCACCAACAAAAUCUCCCACUAACAAUCCACCACCUACUGAUCUUGAAGAACUUGCAAACCAAAUAAGAACUAACCAACCUGAAGCUCAACAAACUUCUACAAACACCUCUAAAAAAAAUUAA